CACUACAAUAAAGCCGAAUGUUUUGUCGCUCGGUGAAUUGCGCAAUCACGCGUCCCACCCAAACCGGAGUGGACCGCAGUCCACCAUCUGCUAAUAAAAGGACAGUCCUAUGAUCGGCGGAGGUCCAGCAGAAGCACACGCCGUUGUCAGGGGGAUUUUUGCCUGUCUUUUGCUUUUUCUUUCACUUUCAUACACACCAGGUUGUUGCGAGAGCAGCGUGCAUCAAGCCCGAGAAAAGCAAAACCGAACAUCAUCAGCCAUGGCAGUCAUCGGCAACGCAGAUUUUGCCCUGGAGUUGUUCCGCACUCUGAGCCGGGCGAAUCCAGGUGGCAAUAUCUUUGUCUCUCCGCUGAGCAUCAGCUCGGCAAUGGCCAUGGUCUACCUUGGUGCUAAAGGAGACACUGCGACUCAGAUGGCAAAGGCUCUCUCAUUUACUUCUGGUGAAGGCAUCCAUGCAGAUUUUCAAACCCUAAAUGCUGAAAUAAACUCACCGUCUGCAUCGUACAUCCUGAAAGUGGCCAACCGUCUUUAUGGAGAGACCACGUCUAAGUUUCUCCCCAAAUUCCUGGAAGACACACAUAAGUUCUACCAGGCAGACCUGAAGCCCGUUGAUUUCAUUGGAAAUCCAGAGGACUGCAGAACGGAGAUCAACAGCUGGGUGGAGCAGCAGACAGAGAAUAAGAUAAAAGAUCUUCUGAAGCAAGGAACUGUCAACACAAUGACAAGGCUGGCUCUGGUGAAUGCCAUCUAUUUCAAGGGAAACUGGAUGAGUCGUUUUGAUGCGUCCAACACCAAGGAGAUGCCCUUCAAAGUCAACCAGAAUGAGUCAAAGAUGGUGCAGAUGAUGUACCAAAUGAAGAAACUGCCCUACAACUUCAUCCCUGAGUUGGGACUGCAGAUCCUGGAGCUUCCAUAUGUGAAUCAGGAGCUCAGCAUGUUCAUCCUGCUGCCAGAGUUGUCAGCAGACAACUCAGACCCUUUGCUGAAGCUUGAAAACGAGAUGACGCCAGAGAAGUUGGACGAAUGGACCAACAGAGCAAACAUGGACAUCCAAACAGAAAUCAUCAUCCACCUGCCAAAGUUCAAGCUAGAGGAGGACUAUGAGCUCAAGGAACAUCUGUCCAAGAUGGGCAUGACGGAUGUGUUCUGCUCCGGCAAAGCUGACCUGGCGGGCAUGAACGGAGAGGGGGGUCUCUUCUUGUCUACGGUGGCUCACAAGGCCUUUGUGGAUGUGAACGAAGAGGGAACGGAAGCCGCCGCAGCCACAGCUGGCAUGGUGUCUUUCUGCAUGUUGCGGGAGGAGCACUUCCAAGCAGAUCAUCCCUUUCUCUUUUUCAUCAGGCACAACAAGACCAGGUCCAUCCUCUUCUUUGGCAGGUUCUCAUCUCCUCAGAACUGAUGUUGUACGUUUGAUACUAAAAUAAAAGUUAAAAUGUU